AGUUAUUAUAGAUGGCAGAAUCAAGAAAAGAAGAAAACUCGGCUGUUAGCUCUCAUUACUGUACAGGAUUGGCCACAUGAGAGCUGUGAAAAUGACGGUGUUAAAACAUGCUAUCUUGGUGGCUAUGCUGGCUGUCACUGUCUUCUCAGAGAAACUAUCGUACACACCUACUCAGUACCCAGCUACUACCACUCAGGAAGGUAUUGACUGUAUGUGUCUACCCUGUUCAGAAAAUGUUCACUUCUACACAAAACACACUCAGAACGACUUCUGUGAUGCAUCAGCAGUGAUACAGGGACGAGUAACACAGAAAUCCUCACACGAAACUCCAAAGGGGAUAUGGAACCUGCCGGCCCACACGGAUUUCUUUAAAAGGGGUUUCCCUAACUCCCACUUCGAACUUACGGUCCGAGUUUUGGCUAUCUACGCUAACGGAGGUGAUACGAAGAUUGCAGUUGGAGAUAAGAUAACUGUUAGAUAUGCGAGGUGGUCGUACUGUCCUGCUUGCCAGACAAAGGUUGAAAGCUUCCACGACGAGCUGUGGACUGACAGAGACAUAGAACGGGCAGAGAAAUAUGUCUUCUUCCUCCCUCUCUUGAAAGAUGGAUACGGUGAUAGACCUGAGGCAACGUUAGCCCAGUGUUCGAGAGUGUGGCGGUAUAGUAAACGAGGUAAGGUGAUUGACGGAUGGGUACCGUUGGUACAGAGGUACAUGCUCACCACUACUUCCUGUGACAAGUGCAGAAUUUCGGGCUGCUACCAGAACAAGUGUGUGAAGGUGGAGGACGAGGAAUUGUGCAUGAACGCAAACGCGAGGUAUGAGUUUAAAGAGCACACGUGUAAAGCUAUCAUGGAAAGUGGACUCUGCUACUAUCACGCCGGCACUGAUUCGUGUCGUUGGACGGGCAUCUCGGACGGGGGAUUCAGAUCUAGGAAAAUGAUCGAGCACUGUUUUGACGACAAAGAGUAGGAUGAUACUAGGCUUGGGUUCCUCAUCUGGGAGAUCAGACCACUUACUGACAGUCUCAACAAUAUGAUGCUAUCACAAUACUACGAUUUGAAGGUUACUAGGAACAGUUGGGGUAGCGCCAGAAUGGCUGAUCAGCGUCGAGGGUUAAAAUUUGCUGUAGUCAUCCGCCAAAUGCAAGAUACAGUGUUGAUUUUCGAAUAAAGGGAUAUAUGGGACUGCAUGCCUGAUUUGGUUAAGUCAUUUUUCCAAUCAUAAACAUCUUUGAUUCCUGACCCUUAUUUUUAUUUCUACCCAGUUUCUUAUAUUUAAAAACAGCACACAACAGUUUUUUAUAAUUUUUAAAUUUAUAAUACUAUUACUAGAUUAUACUAGAAAGUUUUAUUAUAUUUGUAAAUAUUCGGGAGUCUGUUUUUGUUCCAUUCAACUUAAAUUUACCC